GGGAAGCGCUGAGGUGCCACUUGGCCGCCGGGGCAGCGGCUGUGGGUGCGGGCUGGAGCCGUGGUUCCGCAGGGUCCUCUCGGCCGGAGGUCGCCCUGCCGUGAGCAGCUGCCUGCGUUCUCGCUGUCCCCCACCCCUCCCUCCCUCCCGCCCGCCUGCCCUGGGAGCAGCGUGGUGCGGGUGAAAGUUGCCCCUCCUCAGGUGAGAGCCGGGCCCGCCUGUCGCCUGCCCCCCGGCCGCGCCCGGGCUCUCUGCGCACCCCCGGCUGGGGGCCGAGCCGGCCGGAGCCGGCGGGCGAGAAAGACAUGGCUGAAAGCCUCUCCUGGGAGCUCGGUGUCUGCACGGGUUAAGCCGUGCGGUGGGGCGAGGUGGAAAAGUUGCGGUUGGAUUUCACUUCAAGGGACCAGACAGAAAGCGGCGAAAUGGAUGACUUUCCCUCCAUCUGCCUGCUGUCCCUGGCCAUGCUGGUCGCCUGCUAUGUGGCAGGAAUUAUACCCUUGGCAGUUAAUUUUUCCGAGGAGAGAUUGAAGUUGGUGACUGUUCUGGGUGCUGGUCUGCUGUGUGGAACUGCCUUGGCUGUCAUUGUGCCAGAAGGAGUACAUGCACUUUAUGAAGACAUUUUGGAGGGGAAGCAUCACCCAGCGAGUGAGAUGCAGCACGUGAUUGAGUCGGAGAAGGUUGCAAAAAUCCCAGCUGUACAUGAGCAUGGCCAUGACCAUUCCAGGUUGCAUGCCUACAUUGGUGUGUCCCUUGUCCUCGGCUUUGUCUUCAUGCUGUUGGUGGAUCAGAUAGGCAGCUCUCAUGUACACGCUACAGAUGAUCCAGAAGCUGCGAGAUCAGGCAACUCCAAAAUCACCACAACACUGGGACUAGUAGUCCAUGCUGCAGCUGAUGGUGUUGCAUUGGGUGCAGCAGCUUCUACUUCUCAGACUAGUGUCCAGUUGAUAGUGUUUGUUGCAAUUAUGUUGCACAAGGCACCAGCUGCAUUUGGCCUGGUUUCCUUCCUGAUGCACGCUGGGCUAGAACGGAAUCGAAUCAGAAAACACUUGCUGGUCUUUGCAUUAGCAGCACCUGUUAUGUCGAUGCUGACAUACUUAGGGCUAAGCAAGAGCAGCAAAGAAGCCCUUUCAGAAGUCAAUGCCACUGGAGUUGCUAUGCUGUUUUCUGCUGGAACUUUUCUUUAUGUUGCCACAGUUCAUGUCCUCCCGGAAGUAGGAGGAAUUGCUCAUAGCCACAAACCUGAAUCAACUGGAGGAAAGGGACUCAGUCGCCUGGAGGUGGCAGCCCUAGUAUUAGGGUGCCUUAUUCCUCUAGUUUUGUCCAUUGGACACCAUCACUAAACACUCAAAUUUCACUGCUCUCCUCCUCGAUACGACAUGAGCAGUAAAUGUCUGCUGCUCCCUUUAUCAUUCUCUUACCCCUCAUCCAUCCCAUCCACUUUAUGGAGUUCAGAGGGAAUCGAUUGCAAAAUGAGGAAUACUGGGAAAGUUUUUAGUGUAGCAAAAUGUACUUUGGCAGCYGGACAUAAAUUCUAUGUAACUUUCUUUUCUGAAGACAUUUGCUGUUUUAAUUGUUACUUCUGGCCCUAUUCUCAGGGAAGAUGGAAUUUGAAGUUUAAGAAAGGUGAACAGGGAAGAACAUAGUGGCUCAUCACAAAAUUGCAAUCACCAAAGUAUCCUGCAGUUCUGCUUUCACAGCUGAGAGCAAAACCCAAGGGUGGCUACGAUUUGAGAGGUUGAAGCCUCACURAUGAAGAAUGGGGCUCUCCCCCAUUGGUUCUUCGUUGUCUUGGCAAGGCGACUGACCCUUGUGAUGCUUGUCAUUUACUGUAUUGCAGAAAUGGGCUGCACUGGGAACUCUGGAUAACACUGCUAUUGUCACAGGAGUGGCACUUCAUAGGAAAGGAAUUAUGUAGACUGUGUAGGAUUAGGGUAAGAAAUCAGCUAGUUAAGAAAGUGCAAACRAGUUUUGCAGUGUAUUCCUUUAUUUAAGACAAAGGAUAGAARCAAGGAGAAUAGUAUUUUGUUUAUGCAAUUGUUAAUAAAUUCUGAAAAGGCAUUGUUUCUUGGGAGAUGGUCUGCCAAGUUAGUCAAGUGUUAAGCACCAAAAAUGUUAGCAGAAAUUAUGUAUUGGCUGCUAUGAUACACUGCUGCUUCUGUUGAGGGAGACACCCAUAUUGCCCUUUGAAACAGAGCUAUUCUGGGCUCUGAGGAGUAGAAAUCAGAUGURGACAGCUGUUGAGGGAGCAGAGAACAUUGCCUAGCUCAUUUUCAAAAACCUGAACUGCUGAAAUCAGUGGGGGCUGUGUGGGUUUUUAACUAAAUAACAAAACAAGAUGUUUAGGUAAAUGUUUAUGCUGCAGAUAGAAUACAAAGUGUUUCUAAAGCACUUAUGGACUAAAACAAAACAAAACAACCCACAAAYAAAAAAACAAAUUGGUGGGUUACCAGUGGACCGGUUAGACAUUUUGCCUUUCCUUUGGGAAUUGUUCAUUCGCCUCUUACCAACAAGCAUUAGUUGGUGAAUCUACUGGAGGACUUGUUACCAAUUGCUGGUAUGUCUAACUGCAGAGUGGUAAAAGAUCUCUCCAUUUCCAAGGCACAGCUUUGUCUUACCAGGCACAAUUUCCCUUAUGCAAAAUAGCUUAUACUCUAAUAACUGUAGUGCAUUGAAAAGUCAKGAAUGCUUGACAUGCACAGAAUCAGCAUAAAAUUCUUUCUUUGGGRGGAAAAUUUUUAAUGCUGUACCCCUUUUAAGCUAUACUUUGUCUGCACUUUUUGAAGAUAACAUUGCCAAAUUUCUUUUUCUUUCUUCUUUUUGAUUUUUUAAAAUGAAUUUUGAAGUCUUGAAAUACCUUCUUAACUGAAGUGCUUUUUGUUUUCAUUUGAAUGAGUGUGACUCUUUUUCAUGACAUUUAUUGCUUAAGCUGCAUAGCCCAUUGUGCCUCAUAACAUCUUUACAUUUUGUUMUUGUCCUGUAUGUCUGUUAGUAGUAUUGGAUAUGGCCUGGCUCUUGGGCUAGUGAUUACUUUGUCUGUUGGCUCUCUAACAAUAUCAAUCCUGGGACACACCCAGGAUUGAACCUAGUAUUGAUUCCCAGGAGUGCUUGUUCAUUUGUGUGUUUUACUGUAUAAGAUCAAUGCAAAAUUGUUAGAAGUCGUAUUUUCCCACGAGACAGUAUUUUCAGGUAGAAUUAGUGCUUCAGACCUAAAAAAGCUUUUUUUUUUUGAUAUUACAUCUUCAAUAUUGUCAUCWAAAAAGCCAGUGCGAAAUUAGUGAUGUGGAUGAAAUCCUCUUCUGUGCAUUUUUAAAUGGUUUUGCCUGUUUAUUUUGGUUUUGACAUUUUUACGACAUAAUGCAACUGGUAAGUUACUGAUGUGAAAAGUUCAGCAGGRCAGGUUCCUAACACGUGCAAAUGACACACAGGGAUGUUUACUCCAGAGUUAUGUUCCUCCUGAUUA